AUGUUGUGCUACUUGAAGUAUGCCGCUGUAGGCUUUGCCGCUGCGACUCUGGUCUCAGGCCAAACGUACAGCGAGUGCAAUCCAAUGAAAAAAACUUGCCCGGCCAAUGUUGGCACAACCGAGUCAAGACACACUUUCGACUUCACCAAGAGCUCUGGCCUAGAUCAGUGGACGACUACUGCCGGCACCGUCAAGACAGGCCCGAACGGCGCCGAGUUUACUGUCAGCAAACAAGGCGAUGCUCCCACCAUUCGGACCGACUUUCAUAUCUUCUUCGGCGAAGUAUCGGUCACCAUGAAAUCGGCCCCUGGCACUGGCAUCGUCAGCAGUAUCGUACUUCAAUCGGAUGAUCUUGACGAGAUUGACUGGGAAGCCGUUGGUGGCGACAAAACCCAAAUCCAGACGAACUACUUCGGAAAAGGAGAUACCACGACCUACGACCGCGCAACCUGGGAGUCCGUUUCGACCCCCCAGGAGGUAUUCCACACCUACAAAGUAGUCUGGACCAAAGAAGCCACCACCUGGUCCGUUGACGACAAGGUCAUCCGCACCCUCUCCUCCGACGAUGCCCAAUCCGGCACCAGAUAUCCCCAGACCCCCCAUGAACAGGGCACAAUCCAAUGGGCCGGCGGCCUGACUGACUACAGCAAGGUCCCUUACACCAUGUAUAUCAAGGACGUCACUAUCGUGAACUACAACCCCGCCGAGUCUUACACCUGGUCUGAUCAGAGCGGCUCGGCUGAGAGCAUUAAGUUCACUGGUUCUACUAACUCGACUUCCUCGACUGCCUCGAAGCCUUCAGUUGUUGGAAGCCUUAUUACAGCUGCUAGCACUGCUAGACCGUCUAGCUCUGGUUCAGUUUCGGGUCCUAGUGUCCCCUCCUCUUCUCCAGUUUUUAAUGCAGCUUCGAACUUGAGCGCUGGUAGCUUGGGCUUCUUGUCCGUUCUUGCGGUUGUGUCUGGGUUUCUUCUCUUGUAG